AUGGAGAAGUUGACCAUCCUCCUACUUGUCAGUGCGGUCUUGGAGCUCAGCAACACAACGCCCUUACUGGAGGCCCAACUUCUUCCUCUUAAGCCCUUACUGGAGGCAAACCCAGAGCUUGCUGACGCCAAACAUGUUCCUCCUAUGGAGGACAUGGGUGCCGAGGGAAACUACUUUGAACAGAACCCACCUCUCGAGGUCUUUGAGGAAACAGACGCUGGACAGGGUCUACCUCUCGAGCCAUCAGAGGAGCUUGGUGUAGAGCAGGCAAUGUCUCUGGAGGAGCUUUGGGGAAUGGAGGAGGAGCAGGUGAUAACAGAGAGCAGGAGUGCAUGCCCCACGGGCUGGUUCAAUCAUGGACACCGCUGUUUUACGUACAUCCCCACCGAACGGACAUGGGCCGAGUCGGAGCGCUACUGCGUCUUUCAGGGAGCCAACCUGGCAUCCAUCCACAGCACAGAAGAGAACCACUUCAUUCAGGAGAUGAUCCGCAGACAGACGCACGACUUCCCAAGCGCCUGGCUCGGCGGACAGGACGCUACCCAGGAGCGCCUUUGGCUGUGGAGUGACGGGUCCAGGUUCUACUACCGCGACUGGGACAACGUACAGCCUGAUAACGCCAACGGAAAUGAGAACUGUAUGCAUAUGAACUAUGGAGAAGAAAAACGCUGGAAUGAUCGUGUCUGCAGUGUGAAGUUACCUUCUGUAUGUGCCAUGAAACUAUAAGCUCUGACGUCACCUUAAAUCGAGAUGUCUAUUUAGUUACGUUUUC